CAUCCUCCCUAUUUUGAAGAAGAAGAGGGCUCACUGGACGGCAUGAACCAGGAGCUUGACUUCUCCAGUCUUUCCAUCAAUUUUCAAGCAGGUAUGGGUGCUGAUGCUGCAGUUGAUCUCUUACCCGUACCACCAGAUGGAGGAUAUGGUUGGAUAAUAGUACUUGCUGCAUUUUUUUCGAAUCUCAUUGUUGACGGUGUAUGCACAUGUUUUGCUGAAUUCAAGAGUUCCUAUUCGCAACAUUUUCAAGUAAGCUUGUUGUGA